AUGUCGGACUACAUACCUCGAGAAUUGUUGAUCGAUAUCCUCACGAGGCUACCCGCAGAGACUCUCGUCCGAUUCACACUGGUUUGCAAGUCAUGGUACUCUCUCAUUACAAGCCCUAGUUUCAUCUCUCACCACCUCAAUCGAACCAUUUCAAACCCUAACAGUACUCACCUCCUACUUCGCUACUGCACUGAAGAUCCCAUCCAACAAGAACACUACUCGCUACGCUGCGACGAUCCUCUGGUGGCUGCAAUGUACUGUUAUAACCAUAAAAUGUUUUUGUGGAAUCCAUUGAUUAGGAAGUCUGUGUCGAUUCCAUACCCUAAUGUUAGGUUUGGGUCACACGGGCCUUUUAUGCAUUCUUUAGGGUUUGGCUUUGAUUCAAUAUCUAAUGACUUUAAAGUCGUUAGAAUUGUGCAUAUUGGAUUGGAUUGUAACAGAGUUCCACCUGAGGUUGAGCUUUACACUCUAAAAACUGGAAUUUGGAGAAACAUUAGUGAUAAAGCUCUUCCGUAUAUUGUUGUAGAGCGAUCGCGACAGGCUUAUAUCAAUGGGGUUUCACAUUGGGUUGCUCACACUCCAAGGUAUGGUCAUGGUGGGAUUUUUCGAAAUUUGAUUGUGUCAUUCAACAUGAACGAUGAGGUGUUUGGGGAGAUUUCAUUUCCGGAGGGUAUAGCUGGUGAGGACAAAUGGAUGCAAAAGAUGAGCCUUCUUGUGUUUGGUGAAACCCUUUGUCUGAUCCAGCAUUGUAAAUCUUACGGUGAAACCCCCCAUUGUUCGAUAUGGAUGAUGAAACAGUAUGGUGUGGCAGAUUCUUGGGUUAGGCAAAUUAAAAUUGAUCUUUCCGGAGGAUUUUUUAGGAAGCCAAUUGGGAUGAGAAAGAAUGGUGAAGUUCUGGGGAUGAGGGAGGGAUAUUUGGUUUCUUAUGACCCUGAGAGCAAACGAAUUAUAUAUCUUGGUGUCCAAGGUACUAUAGAUAGCGAUUGUUGGUAUUCAUUUGAUGUGGAUACUUACAAGGAGAGCCUAGUCUUGCUUGAUAAAGGGGCAGAUUUUUCUGAUGAGGUUAUAAGCGAUCGGUUCUGUGCGAAGAAAGUGAAGCGGACUGAUAGAACCCAGGAUCUGAAAUAA